AUGGACGGUCCAGAUCAGAUCGGUCCCGAUCAUACGCCCAAGCGGACAAUUAGCGACAAAGUCCGAUACACCGUUAAGACUUUCACCACGCGAGAGGGCCUACUAGGAGACUACGACUAUGGAUACCUCUUUAUCCCACGACUACCUUUCACCAAGCGAGCUCGCAAGUCCGCCCCGUUUUUCGGUCUCGAUGAUCGCGUGCCAGUCGUUCUCGCAUUGAUUCUGGGGUUACAACAUGCACUUGCAAUGCUGGCUGGUGUGAUUUCACCCCCCAUCUUGCUCGGUGGUUCAGGCGGUGCCAACUUCGGCGAUGACCUCUACCAGUACUUGGUUUCGACUUCGUUGAUUGUGUCGGGCCUGUUGAGUGUUGUUCAAAUGUUCCGGUUCCAUAUCAAGGGAACAAAAUACUAUAUUGGAACUGGACUGCUAUCAGUCGUUGGUACAUCUUUCUCAACCAUCACAGUCGCUCAAGGCGCAUUCUCCCAAAUGUAUAAAUCGGGUUACUGCCCGACCCUCGAAGAUGGAACUAAGCUCCCUUGUCCAAAAGGCUACGGCGCCCUCCUUGGCACCUCAUGUCUCUGCUCCCUCCUCGAAAUCGGCAUGUCCUUCAUGAGCAGCAAGAUCCUCGCCCGCGUCUUCCCCCCACUCGUCACCGGCCCGACUGUUCUCCUGAUCGGCGCCUCGCUCAUCAAGUCCGCCAUGCAGGACUGGGCCGGUGGCGCAUCCGCCAGCGCCCCGCACCCUCUACCCUGGGGAAGCCCUGAGUUCAUUGGACUGGGAUUCCUGGUAUUCGUGACUAUCAUCGUCUGCGAGCGGUGGGGUCCUCCUAUUCUGAAGAGUUGCUCCGUUAUUGUUGGUCUCUUGGUUGGCUCAAUCGUCGCUGCCGCGUGCAACUACUUCGAUUCUUCCGGUAUCGCUGCUGCCCCGGUGGCUUCCUUCGCUUGGGUCCACACCUUCCCGUUAUCGGUGUACCCGCCGCUCAUCCUGCCCUUGCUCGCACUGUAUAUUGUUAUCAUGAUGGAGUCUAUUGGUGAUAUCACGGCGACGUGUGACGUCUCCAGGCUCCAGGUGGAGGGCGAUACCUUCGAUUCCCGCAUCCAAGGCGGCGUCUUGGGUAACGGCAUCACUUGUCUCUUGGCCGGCUUGAUGACUAUUAGCCCUAUGUCUGUCUUCGCGCAGAACAACGGUGUGAUUGCGCUGACGAAAUGCGCUAACCGCACCGCUGGCUACUGCUGCUGCUUCUUCCUGGUUAUCAUGGGCAUUUUCUCCAAGUUCGCCGCUGCGCUGGUUGCAAUCCCUAGCUCCGUCCUUGGUGGCAUGACCGCUUUUCUCUUCAGCUCGGUGGCAGUCAGUGGUCUGCGCAUCAUUGGGUCUGUCCCUCCCACCCGUCGCAACCGGUUCAUCCUCACAGCUAGUUUCUCGGUUGGGAUGGGUGUUACACUGCUGCCGGAAUGGUUCAGCUACUUCUUCACCUACAAGGGUGACAACCAUGCCCUGGAAGGCCUGAUCAAUGCUGUUGAUCUGGUCAUGGAGAACGGGUUUGCUAUUUCUGCGAUUCUCGGCAUCUUCCUUAACCUCUUUAUUCCCGACGAGCCUGAUGAUGUCCCUGCCAUCUUUGAGUCGACCAACUCUGAUGAUGGCCCUGUACAGACCAAUAUUCCUCAGCAGUCGUCGACGACUACUAAGUUUGCUUGA